AUGUUUCACAUUGAGGAUAGUGAGCUCAGAGUGACUCUUGCGAGUGACUACCUCAAGGGGGACGCGGGCCAAUGGUGGAAGUACGCCAAAGAACGAAUAGAACCGACAUGGAAGGCAUUUGUGGUGGCCUUCCAAGACAAGUACCUAUCUCCCACGGCUAGGGAGAGGUUGAGGCAGGAGUUCCAAGACCUUAAGCAACUUAACAUGUCCGUGGCCGAGUUCGAAGUGGUCUUCUCUAGUUUGUCCCAGUUUGCACCGGAGUUGGUAGUGACGGAAAAGCGUCGUUGCAUUGAGUUCGAGAAGAAGUUGAGAACUAAGAUCUUGUUCAAGGUUGCUAGGAACAUGAUCUGGAAUUAUGACCGCCUUGUUGAGGUGGCCGUACAUGUGGAGAUUACCAUGGAGGCCGAAGAGGAGAGACUUCGGAAUUCGAGGUCUAGGGGACAAGGGUCACAGGGAGACUAUAGGCCCAACACGAAGAGCAGAAACACCUUUUCAUCCUAG